CCAUCAAAAAUCACGCUUGCCGCUUUCGCAUUUGCCUAUCCAGGCUAUGCUUCAGCCAGACUAAGCGUAACUAUCCUGUUUUCUGGACUUGAUCACCUUCAUACCACCUCGGCUAUUUCACCUUCAUUCUACCAGGCCUGCGUACGUGAGGGUAUCGUGGUGUUCUGCGAUUAUUUCUGUUGUUGUCCGUCUUCUCCGGGUGUUUAUUGGCAGUCUCCUUGUUUCCUGCGGUACUUAAGACCCAAAGCGAAUUGUUUUUCCUUCCCUCCAGGGAGGCCUUUAAAGCACUUGCCAUCCUUUCUCCACAAUCUGGCUGUCUUGCUCGUCAUUUAUUUGCCCUUACGAUCCGAACCGCAUUCUGAGGCCAGCAAAAGCUUCGCGUCCAUAAACCCAUCUUGCCCACCUGAAAUCCCCUUUUCAGGCAUCGCCAAGCUGACCGGCCACAUCUGGGCACCUCAGCGCGUCACUCUAGCCCCGAAAAGUGUCUUGGCUUAUGUCGACCAAACUGAAGGAGUUUAUGCCCGAAGUUCAUUUUUUCCAUCCUGUUUUAAGGCUAGGUACGCCUUCAGUGUGUAUUUAAGUCUUCUUUAUGCUUGCUAA